AGUAACCUAUCAUAAUUUUGCAAAAAUUGUCAUUGUCAAUGUAUUAUUGAUUUAUUUAGAAAUAUUUAUUUUGUCACAUAUGCUUUUAUUGUGCUUAUCUCAUAAAGUUUAACGUAAUAGUGUGAGAAUACUCGAGAUUAUGUGCAAUAAAUUAUUACAUCGAUAAUACUGAUCGAUUAUUUUCGUGUCAUGUUCACUAAAAUACUGUGAAUAAGGAUAUUUUUUGAGCGAAAAGAAUGGGGAAUACAAGUAAAAAGUUAGCAGCGAAGUGUACUCUAUUGACCAAAGAUGAACAGAAGUAUGUAGCAGCUACAUUCAGAGCAGCCAGCAAGAACUCAGAGAGGAUCAGGGAGGAUGAUCUCAUCGUGAGUGGAAAAGUAGACGCAGUGUCGCUAGAAAAAUUCUGGGGUCCGCAGAUAGACCCUCGACUGGCGCAGUACCUGACCAACUUUCUGUUCGGCUCGGGCCAGCAGAAAUUACCUACAGUGGACUUCAAUCGAUUUGCAGAGCUGUAUGUGUAUAAUGUGAGAGGUACAGUGGACGAAAGGAUGAUGGUCACGUACAACAGCCUCGGCAAGGACUACAACGAGGAGGUGGAACUUCCUUACCAGCUAUUAAGAGAGUACUGCGAGAGCAUAGCAUCGACGUACAUAAAAAUGCUGAAGGCUUCGACGUCGAAGCGGGCGCAGACGUGGAUGAGCAAAGGGUUCCGCGGCCGCGCCUCGCACGUGCAGGCGCUCGGCGAGGCCGUCGCCGCCACCCUCGGCGACGCCGACACCCCCCAGCACCACUGCACCGCGCAACAGCUCUCCAGAUGGUUACAAAUGAACAUCCUGCUGAAGCAGCUGGCGGAGCUGGUGUUCGUGAACCUGUACGGCAUCAACAAGAAGCAGGGGGACGAGAGCCCGACGCCGCUGCCCCCCAUGGCGCCGUCGCUCCUGCCCAUACCUGAGGGUCUGGACCCGAUGCCGGACUACCCGGCGUUCAUCGAUCUGUCUCACAUCGUGUGGCUGAAUAGCCACAUCCCGCAGAAGCACCAGCACAAGUGGCGGUUCCUGUUCUCUUCCCACAUACACGGCGAGUCCUUCUCCACUAUGGCAGGCCGCAUAAUCGACCAGGGCCCGUCCAUAUUGAUAAUCGAGGACAACUCGGGGCACAUAUUCGGCGGGUUCGCGCCCGAAUCGUGGUCCCUGGGGCCUAACUUCGGCGGCACCGACGAGUCGUUCCUGUUCACCGUGGCUCCCAAGAUGAGGGUAUAUCCCGCCACCACGUACAACAACCAUUAUCAGUACAUGAAUCAUCACACAAAGACCUUGCCUAAUGGACUGUUGAUGGGCGGUCAGUUCAACUUCGGCGCCAUAUGGGUGAACGCGGACCCGUUCGGCGAGGGCUCCUCCGCGGAGUCGUGCAGCACCUACCGCAACUACCGCCGCCUCAGCAAGGAUCCCACCUUCCGCAUCCGCAGCCUCGAGGUCUGGGGCGUCGGAGACAAACCCUUGUCCGUCAAAGAGUCUGACGAGCGAGACGUGAGCGUCCUGGACACGAACCCUGAGGCCAAAGCUAUCCUGGACAUGGCCGGCCGCACGCGACACAGCGAAGGCAUCCGCGAGCCACCACCAUUAUAACAACCCACCCCGCAGGUGCACGCGCGUGAUGAUGUGUACCAACCGCCCCGCUUGAUACAAUACGUGUUAAUUAUAUGCGAAUGUAUCAAGAGCCAGCGUGAAAGAGUUCAGGAGAUUGAAACAGAGAUGGCGUUGUUGAGUAAGAACUAUCCGAUUACGCGGGAAUCGCAGUUGUCCACGUAUAAGACUAUUGGGAUGUCUGUGUAAGUAUUGUAUUAAUAUAUAUAGUAUAUAUGUCUAAAUAUUCAUUCGUAAAUGUUCAUUAUUGGUUCGAGUUGGUUAUAUAAAAUAUGUCGCUUGUUCACUAUUACAGGCUUCUAUGUAAUAUUUAUUGCACAAAUUAAAUUAUAUCGACGUUUGAGAGACUAAUUGUUAUAAACGAUAUUUUUUUUCGAAAAUUGUUGUCUAUGUCAAAAAACAUAGAGAAAAGUGCUCAUUUUGAAUAUGUAUGAAACUGGGUGUCGCAAAGAAAUGUCGCUUAAGACAAUUGGCCGUUUAACCGUGAUUUUAAGCCCUUUUAGUAAUAAUUUACAAUAAUCAUGAAAUAUAUUAGGAAUCAUGAAUUAUUUACUUUAAAAUUUUUAUUAAUAUGAAAAGCGUAAAUAUUUUUUUUGUACAUUAAUAAAUAUUAACAUGGACUUGUGAUAGUGAAUCAGCGAAAUGUCAUUCUUCUACUCUAUAUAGGUCAUAGAGACAUAUAUUUAAUCCAAAAAUCUUCAUUAUUGCAUACACUAUGUUAAGGGACAAUUAUUUCAUAAUAAAAAUAUAUAUAUGAUAAAUAUAUAAACAUUAUUAAACGUCUUAAUACUUCGUUCGAAAUCCAAUCAAUAAUUCACAUUAGGAUAAACCACAUUAGUUAUAUAAAUGUAAAAUAAAUAAAUAUAUAGUCAAGUUCUUCAUUCAUAAAUGAAAUCCAUAUAUUCUCCGUUAUUCUACAAAAAGCAUUAUAAAAAAACAUUGUUCUAGAAUCAAUAAACACUUCAUUAAUAAAUAUAAAUAAUCAUACAUAUUAAUAAUCAUCAUAAGAUUUCACGAGGAUUCUAAUUGUUAUUAUAUGAUAUAAUAAAAUUCUUCAUAGGCGGUUAAACAUUUAGAAAAUCCUAUAGAACAUUGUCUAGUGCGUGUAAAAUGUAUGCGGCGUUCUAUCUUACAAUAUUUUUAAAGAAAUGUCGGAAGUUUUCUCCAUAAAUGGUAAAAUGAUGAUGUUUAAAGAUAUUUCUGAACUGUUUAAAAUAAAUUGAAUAAAAUAUCACAUAGGCAUAUUAGUCGGUUAUCGAAUGUCAAAAUAUUGUACAAUAUUCGAAAUAGUUAUAAAAUUGUAAAUGUCAUUAUGAAGAUAGUUGUCUUUAUGUCUACCUUACCCAUAAUACGUGACUAUUUCCCAAAUGAUGUAUGUAACGAAAUAGUUUUUAUAAUCUUUUUUGUCUGACCUACCUUUUUUCUUUAUACAUUCGUUCAUUGUUGUUAAUAAAAACAAGAAAAGAACAGACGAGAUAUAGAUUUUUUUUUUAUUUUAUCGUGGUUUUUAUAUUGCAAUUUUCUUCCGACUUUUCGAAGACUGCGGCCUUCAUGGUCACGGGGGAGAUUGUCACAGCCAUAAUAUACAAAAAAUAUUUUUAUUUCAAUACCUAACAUUCGCCUAAACAUAAUAAAUCAUUACAGAUGAGACAGAAUAAAAUGUAAUAAAAUUUCUUAACAAUUAUAUCGUUACGUACAUUUCUUUUGGGAAAUACUCAUUUAAACACUUAACUAAGAACUAAUACGCAUUUUCUUUAAUAGUAAUGUAGCAUUUAGUGUUAUAUUUACAUUGCUUCCUUUAGUACAAGUAGUGAUACUUAAAUAUGUUAUGUACCACGCCUUAUUAAAUAAAGUGUGAUAUACUUUAUCAUAAUGAUCGACGGUCGGCACGCUAAAUAACUUAAGCGGCAAAAUUGAGACUAGGUUAAAAAAAACGAAGAUGAAAUUCUUGAUUCCAAUUACCAAAUAAAAAAAAUCUAUGACACAAA